UAUCGAUAUACUCACAUUUACUGACCUGCUAUUGAUACUCGUUUGAUCGGAGACAUGGCUUCGCCCGUAUACACACUGACAGAGGCGACUGCCAAUCCUCCACAGAAUAGCACCAUCCUUAUCACUGGAGCUGCAAGCGGCAUCGGCCUAGCAACCGCACUUUACCUCCACAAGCCUCAAUACAAGAACAACAUUAUAGCACUGGACAAAUCUUCCACCCCACCUCCCAUCGAAGAACUGAUCACAUCCUCCCGCUUCCUAUACCUGCCCUGUGACAUCCUCGACUGGCCCUCCCAACGCUCCGCCUUCGCAGCUGGAGCCGCCAAAUUCUCCGGCAUCGACCACGUCUUCAUCAACGCAGGAAUUUCAGAAAUCGGCGAACAAAUCUGGACAGACGUCUACGACGCAGAUGGCCAACUCCAAGAACCCAACCGAGCGACCAUCGACGUCGACAUUCGCGCCGUGGGAGAUACCUUGAAACUAGCCAUGCAUCAUCUCCGCCGUCGCCGCAAAGACCGUUCUUCUAGUUCCACCGCCGAAACUCGAGAUCGAAGUCAAGGCAGUAAUAGUAUCGUCAUGACAGCUUCUCUCGCAGGAUAUCUCGCAUCCGCAGGCGCCCCUCUCUACUCCGCAGCCAAACACGGUGUAGUGGGAUACAUGCGAGCAUUAAAACCCGACUGCGCGCAAGCCGGAAUUUCCAUCUCCGUAAUCGCGCCCGGAAUUACUCUGACUCCGAUUAUUCUCGGUCGGAAAGAAGGGCAAAGUAUAGAAAAUUGGGGCGAGGAAAUGGCUUCCAAGGGCGUUCCGAUCAAUUCUGCGGAAACGGUGGCGUUGGCUGUGGCGAAUUUGAUGGGGAUGAAAGGGUUGCAGGGGAAUGGAAGAGGAGUGGUGAUUCAGGCGAAUCGGAUGCAGGAGGUGGAAGAGGGGAUUGCGAAGGCGAGGGGGAUGUGGAUGGGGAAGGAAAUGUUGGAGUUGUUUCGGGGUGGGAGGAAUGCGCCUUUGUUUCCUAAUAAGUUGUAACACACAGCUUGUCCGAACAUGAUGAGGCAAUGCAGAUAGGUCAGUUUCCUCUACUCUCGUCUGCUAGAGAUGUACAAAUACCUCUAUACUUCUCGAACUUUGGAACUCUCGGAACGCGAUGCUGAUCACCAAGCGAGGAGUACGAAGGUAAAUUCGAAGCUGUCUACGGUGUAG